GAGAAUGGAUGGAAGGCCGUAUCAUUCUGGGAGUUGGGGCAAGAGCCUGUGGGAAAAUAUAUUGGAGGAAGAUGAAGAACAGAGGAGAGUCCCUCAGCUGCCGAAGAUUCCUGAGCCCCAAACACCCAGAGAGCCCAUGGAAUUCUUGUCAAGAUCAUGGAGCCUCUCUGCUUCAGAGGUCGCAAAAGCUCUUGUUCAGAAACAGAAACACCAUCUUCUUGACAAAACCUUCAUCCCCGAUCCAAUUCCAGAGACUGCUGUUGCUGUUGAACCACACGUGGUUCCGGAUAAGGAGGUGAUGUGUUCAGGAAAUGCUGGGAUAACAGGAUCAAUAGGGAAGUGGUUCCAAACCAAAGAAUCCAACAGCAGUAGCAACGUAAAGAAGAAAGAUAAGCUGCGCGUGGACAACGCGCGCACACACACCGCCGUCUCCAUCGCCGGCCUCGCCGCCGCCUUAGCUGCCGUCGCUGCUAAAGAAAAUUCCAGUGGUUCGGACUCAGUCUCCGGCACCGGUACAGCUUCCGGCGCCUCAAGCUCGAGAAUGAACCAGGCCAUUGCCUCGGCCAUGGAACUGCUGGCUUCCCAUUGCAUUGAGAUGGCUGAAACUGCCGGCGCCGACCACGAUCGCAUCGCUUCCGUCGUCCGGUCAGCCGUCGACAUCCGAAGUCCCGGUGAUCUGUUGACUCUCACGGCGGCAGCCGCCACCGCUUUGAGAGGAGAAGCUGCUCUAAAAGCAAGAUUGCCAAAAGAUGGAAGGAGGAAUGCAGCCAUCAGCCCCUGCGAUAAGGGUAUGCCAGAAGAUGCUUGGCUCGACGGCGAGGGUAACCCUAAUUGCAUGGGCGAGCUUUUGCAUUAUACACGCAAAGGAGUGCUACAACGGAAGACUGUCUCUAUCUAUAUCAACCAAAAGUGUCAGGUCAUAGUCAAGCUCAAAAGGAAGCAUGUUGGAGGAGCCUUCUCCAAGAAGAAUAAAACUGUUGUUUAUGGAGUGAGCGAAGAAACUGUAGCAGGGAGAACAAACAAGGAUGGGGAGAAUGCAGAGGAUGUCUACUUUGGACUCCAAACCGCACGAGGUUUUAUAGAAUUCAAGUGCAAAAGCAAGAUCCAUAAGCAGAGAUGGGUGGAUGGAAUUCAAAACCUUCUUGAACAAACAGCUGCUGAGCAUUCUCGCCAACCCUUUAAUAUUAAUAAGAGUGUUUGAUUCCGAUGGUGUGUUUUUAAAAAACGCUUGAUUUUAUGGAACAGUCAUAUUUCUCUUAUUUAUGUGAAAUACUGUAUUUAUG